GCGGUGGCGGCGGCGGCGGCGGCGGCGGUGGCGGCGGCGGAGGAGGAGGAGGAGGGGGCGGAGGAGGCGCCGAGCCCGGCCCGGAGAGGCCCCGCAGCAUGGCUGAUAAGAAUGGGGCCCUCAAAUGCACCUUCUCUGCUCCUGGCCACAGCACAACCCUCCUGCAAGGACUGGCCACUCUCAGAGCCCAGGGCCAGCUCCUGGAUGUCAUCCUCACCAUCAACAAUGAGGCAUUUCAAGUCCACAAGGUGGUCUUGGCUGCCUGCAGUGACUAUUUCAGGGCGAUGUUCACGGGUGGGAUGCGAGAAGCCAGCCAGGACAUCAUUGAGCUGAAGGGGGUGUCGGCCAAGGGCCUGAAGCACAUCAUCGACUUUGCCUACAGCGCUGAGGUGACCCUCGACCUGGACUGCAUCCAGGAUGUCCUGGGCGCCGCGGUCUUCCUGCAGAUGGUGCCCGUGGUGGAGCUCUGCGAGGAGUUCCUGAAGUCGGCCAUGAGCGUGGAGACCUGCCUCAACAUCGGCCAGAUGGCCACCACCUUCAGCCUGGCCUCCCUGAAGGAGUCGGUGGAUGCCUUCACCUUCCGGCACUUCCUGCAGAUCUCGGAGGAGGAAGACUUCCUGCACCUGCCGCUAGAGCGCCUGGUCUUCUUCCUGCAGAGCAACAAGCUGAAGAGCUGCAGCGAGAUCGACCUGUUCCGCGCGGCCAUCCGCUGGCUGCAGUACGACCCCGCGCGCCGGCCGGGCGCCAGCCAGGUGCUCUGCCACAUCCGCUUCCCGCUCAUGAAGUCCUCGGAGCUGGUGGACAGCGUCCAGACCCUGGACAUCAUGGUGGAGGACGUGCUUUGCCGCCAGUACCUGCUGGAGGCCUUUAACUACCAGAUCCUGCCUUUCCGGCAGCACGAGAUGCAGUCUCCGCGCACCAGCAUCCGCUCCGACGUGCUCUCCCUCAUCACGUUCGGGGGCACGCCCUACACGGACAACGACCGCACGGUCAGCGGCAAGGUGUACCACCUGCCCGAGCCCGGCUGCCGCCAGUUCAAGGAGCUGACGGAGAUGGAGGUGGGCUGCAGCCACACCUGCGUGGCCGUGCUGGACAACUUCGUGUACGUGGUAGGGGGCCAGCACCUGCAGUACCGCAGCGGCGAGGGCGCCGUGGACAUCUGCUACCGCUACGAUCCCCACCUCAACCAGUGGCUCCGCAUCCAGGCCAUGCAGGAGAGCCGCAUCCAGUUCCAGCUCAACGUGCUGUGCGGGAUGAUGUACGCCACGGGCGGGCGCAACCGGGCCGGGAGCCUGGCCUCGGUGGAGAAGUACUGCCCCAGGAAGAACGAGUGGUCCUACGUGUGCUCGCUGAAGCGCCGCACGUGGGGCCACGCCGGAGCCGCCGUCAGCGGGAGGCUCUACAUCUCCGGGGGCUACGGCAUCUCUGUGGAGGACAAGAAAGCCCUGCACUGCUACGACCCCUCGGUGGACCAGUGGGAGUUCAAGGCCCCCAUGAACGAGCCCCGCGUCCUGCAUGCCAUGGUCAGCACCAGCAGUCGCAUCUACGCCCUUGGGGGCCGGAUGGACCACGUGGACCGCUGCUUUGACGUGCUGGCCGUGGAGUACUACGUGCCGGAGGCCGACCAGUGGACCACGGUAAGCCCCAUGCGGGCGGGCCAGUCGGAGGCCGGCUGCUGCCUCCUGGAGAGGAAGAUCUACAUCGUGGGGGGCUACAACUGGCACCUGAACAACGUGACCAGCAUCGUGCAGGUGUACAACACGGAGACGGACGAGUGGGAGAGGGACAUGCACUUUCCCGAGUCCUUCGCGGGCAUCGCUUGCGCGCCUGUUCUCCUGCCGCAGAUCACCGCGCAGAGAUAGCCCUGGGAGGCCCCCGGGCCGCGGCCCGGGUGCGCCUCGCCAUCUGCACGCGGCUUCCGGCGACGGCUCUGUGGGUCUUGUCUCGCUUUGCCAGUAACUCUCUGUGCCAAAGGCCAGGGGAGAGCGAGGGCCGGGGUCAGGAGUGUGGAUAUCCGUCCCCGGGGUCCCUCCUCUUCCUCUCGUCUAAGAUUCUGGCAGUCGGGGGAGCCGAGAGCUCUUGCCAGGGCACUGGGCCGAACGUGUCAUGGCUGAAAAUCGCAUCGCGGGCUGCUCCCUCCCCGCCUCCUCGCUCACCAUUUCUUCACUCUGUUUGUCACAAAUGAGAGAGCCCCCAUCCGACUUUUGUUUUAGGCCAUUAGUUUUACUUUGCUUCUUUGUGUCCUUUUUUUCGGCCCCGUUGUUUCCGAAUGAGUCCAGACAUGAUUUCAUUAGUGUUGAGUGGCUCCCCAAAGUUGUCUCUCCCCCCUCUCCAUUCCAAGUUGCUUUGUGCGUGUGUUUCUAAAAUAAAUUUAACCAAAACUUUUAUAACAUACGGACCUCCAGGAGCAGAAAGAGACUGAAAUAGUUGAGGUUUAUGGAUGAUGAAAGCGCAUUCUUGCCUCUCAAUAAGUGAGUUUCUCCCGAUGCCUGAGAUGCAUGGAGAUGUCAAUCUGCAGAGUGCAGUCAUGAGCCCGUCCCCCGGGGCAGUCGCUACCCUCCCCGAGGAAGUCAUUCCUGCACCUGGUUCCCUGCCUGGCUUUAGAGCCGCCUUCCUCACCCACUUUUCUCAGUGUAAACGAACAACCAAAGACAGCUCUGGAGAUGGCCGAAGUCCUCAAAGGUCAUCGGUUCCAAUCUGUUUUUAAACUUGCCCAGUAAGUUCUGGACGGGGUCUUAAUGGGGAGCAACGGAGAAGCUUGUUUCCCAAGCCCUGGAGACCCGUCUUAUUCUCCUGUGUCCCAUUUACUUUCAGUUACCUUCCCAUAUCCCCUUCGGGUCAAAACCUUAUUGAUUUCUCUUUUGCUCAUCAUCAUCAUCUUCAUUUAUUUCCCCAUUUUGAUAGCUCUCCAAGGUUUGCAAAGCAGCAUUUUUACUGACCACUGAGUGAGCACAAGUAUUUUUAACCCCAUUUUAUAGAUGGGGAAAUGAGGUUCGGAAACAAGGAAAUCGCCUGUGCAUUCAGGUGGUUAGUGAGUUGCCGACUCAGAACUUGAACUCGGGACCCUGGAUCCCAAGAGCUUUUUCUUCUCUCUUGUGGUGCAGUAGACAGGAAUCCCUCGAAUGUCUCUGACUUCUCUUCCCACAAGGAUUCCAACCCAUUUCUUAGCCAUCUCUGUUCUGUUGGCUAAGGCUCUGAAGGACGGACCCGAUGUUACUUAAAUAAAAAUUUGUAUCCUCUUGAGGUAAUUUUGGAUGUCUCCUUUGAUACUAAUACUUGAGGGAUAAAAUCUCUUUGUAGGCCGGUACCUCCUGUCUUACAAGAGUCAUUUUUUCUCCCUGUGUCUAUUUUUUUUUUUUUUUACGGUUUGUGCGGCCCCACCGUUGACCUCUGAAAGGUCUGCUAAUGCUUGGCCCCAGCUAUUUUUCUCUCCCCUCUCAGCAUGUUGGGGAUCUUGUGUCAUGGAAAGAGAGGUGGCCGGGGGAGCCCCUGCCCGGCUAGGGGGCACUAGCAAUGCAGCUGCAGCCACCCUGAGCGAUCUCUGCCAACUUUUGGAAAAUGCAGUCAAAUAAAAUUCUUAUCCAAGGGUGAAA